GCGUCUGGAGAUGCGCGCGCAUAUAUACACCAGCACGCUGUACAAGCAUCAGUCAAUUUCUGAACAGCGUUUGUUGCGGACGACUGCAUAUUACUCGCAUACGCAUCACACUACAUACGUACGAUUCGCGCGGGACUUCGUGGGUUCUUUGUAAAGGUUUCGUUGAAACAGCUCAAAAAUGUCUGAUUCUGCUAAAAUUGAAGAUAAUCCUAAAAUCCUUUCGGGGCCGGUGUUGACAAACUCUCCGAACGCAGUAUUAUCCAAGACCCUAUUGGGACGCUACAAUGAUCUUCCUUUACCGGCGGACAAGAUUAUAGCGACUUACGUAUGGAUCGACGGCACAGGAGAACAUCUAAGAUGCAAGGACCGCACUCUUUCAUUCAUUCCGAAAGCACCAAAAGAUCUGCCGAUUUGGAAUUACGACGGUAGCUCUACCGGCCAAGCCGAUGGUCACAACUCCGAUACUUUCCUGGUGGCUCGUGCCAUUUACAAAGACCCCUUCAGACGUGGCAAUCAUAUCUUGGUUAUGUGCGACACGUACAAAUAUAACAUGGAGCCGACAGAAAGCAACCACCGGUUGAAAUGCCAGGAAGCUUACGAGAAGUGCAAAGAUGACGAGCCCUGGUUCGGUAUCGAGCAAGAGUAUAUUCUCCUGGACUCGGAUCUGAGGCCCUUCGGCUGGCCACCCGGCGGCUUCCCCCCACCACAGGGCCCCUACUACUGUGGAGUUGGCGCGAACAAAGUUUUCGCCAGAGAUCUCGUUGAAGCUCAUUACAAGUGCUGUUUGUAUGCCGGCGUUCCUAUUGCCGGUACUAAUGCUGAGGUCAUGCCCUCGCAAUGGGAGUUCCAAGUGGGUCCCUCAGUUGGCGUGUCUGCUGGUGAUGAUCUGUGGGUAGCGAGAUACAUCCUUCAUAGGCUGGCCGAGGAGUAUGGAGUGAUCGUGACUUUCGACCCUAAGCCCGUGCAAGAGUGGAACGGCUCCGGUGCUCAUACCAACUUCUCCACCAAGAAAAUGAGGGAGGAUAAUGGAAUUAUUGAGAUAGAGAAGGCCAUCGACAAGCUGUCCAAGGUCCACAUGAAGCACAUCAAGGUUUACGACCCGCGCGGCGGCAAAGACAACGAGCGUCGUCUGACCGGCCUUCAUGAAACCGCCAGUAUUAACGAUUUUAGUGCUGGUGUCGCGAGCCGCACAAGCAGUAUCAGAAUACCGCGUGCCGUAGCUGAGGAAAAGAAGGGCUACCUCGAAGAUCGCCGACCGGCGUCCAACUGCGAUCCUUACGCGGUCAUCGACGCUCUUAUGCGCACCUGUGUACUGAACGAAUAACUAACCCCGCAUGUGCCGCUAGCAGAACAACGCAUCCUUUGCGUGAACAACGCUUCGUAAAUAUAGCUUAGGGAGAAUUUCGUUCAUAUACAACAGUUGUUCUAGAUUUGCCGUAAUAGAUAUACUUUAAUAUAAACUACAGAACGAUCAGCUGUUAAACAAAUAACAUCCAAUGUACGCUUUAUUAUAGAUUUUAUACUGAUAUUGUCGAGUGGUGUUUGUAUUGUCUACUCUAUAGACUAGAAUAGUACCAAAUGUUACUGACGGGAGAUAAUUUUCAACGAAUGUAGGAUAUAUUUAUAUAUCGUCCUAGCCAAAUCCUGUAAUUGUCUUUUUUUACAUUUUUAUACAAAUGGCAAAUAUAUACAAUAUGAAUUUUUAACACUUUUUACGAAAUAAUGCGGAACGGGUGUAUUGUUGGGGUUUCGAUGCCAUUUCCAUUUCAUAGAAGAACUGUGAAACAAUACAUCUCGUUAUUUAGGUGCCUAUAGAAUAUUUAGGAAUUGUUUUUUACGCAAUGAAUUGUAAAUGUGACGCUAGCGCGGCACGCGUUCGUAGCGCGUUAUGGACCACAAGAUAUUAUGUAAUAUUUAGAAAAUAUUUCUACGACUAUUAUGUGAUAUUUAAACAUUAAUUGUUAUUUUCAUGUUAAAUAGUUUAAUAUAUACAAAUUUACCACAUAUCAUUAUUUCUAGCAAUUCAUUUAUCGCAUAUCUAGAAAGAGGAUCGGUCCUUAUAUACCAAUAUAGAUUGUAAGCAAUUUAUUAAUCGUAUUAUAGAUUUUUUGUUUUCGAAUGUUUAACGGUUUUAUUGUAGUUUAAUAACUAUGUGCUUUUCUUAAAAUAUAAUUCACAUUUUAUUUCAUGAUUCUAACCCGUGAAUUGAUAUUGGAAUUGUCAAUUCUUUAAUGUCAAUAUAUCCGAAACAUAUAUCUAUAUAUAAUAACCUAGAUAAUUUAUUAUAUAAGCCACUAACAAAAAAAUAGUUAAUAAAAUAUGUUUAAUUGUAAUGCCUAAAAAUAUCCUAGUAAAUAAGAAUGGGUUUAAGCACUUAUGAAACGGAACCUAAAGCUAAAGCUCUAAGCACAAAUAGAAUCGUGUUUAGUUUAUGAAUUUUAGAUGAAUCGAUUAAUUUUCAAUCUUAAUUCAAUGUCACGAAAGAUAAAUUUUAUAUGAACAUGUUAUCAUAAAACGUUAUUAUGAAAUAAACAAUAAUUUGUUGUAA